CAAAGUGGUUUCCCACAGAUACUGUUUUUAAAUUUCAUUUUUUUACACAUACAGGGAAUCUUUUUUCUGUCAAACAGAUCUACCGGUAAUUCACUCUUCUGAGGUGGGGCUUAGAAUUUCAUGGAAGAGUUGACCUGUGAGGCACAUCCCUGCAACUAAAAACUCCGCUUGUCUGAUUAUGGGUGAGAUUAGGGACACUCCUGAGCUCCAGUUCCCCCAAGGGCCCCUCCUUUAGUCAGUCUGUCCAUCUGGGCGAGGAGCGGGGCGGAGGGAUCCCGACAGGAUAGAGCCCACGAUGCGUCGCCAGAGGGCGCUCGCCGCGGAGGCCGGCCUGGCCCAUUAGGGUGCUCUCGGGUUGAGGGCAGGAGGGCCGUACCGCCCCCUGGCGGCCACGCAGUGCGACGGCGUUAUGGAGUCUUUCCAGUGUCUUGACUCUCCUCAGGACGCCAAGCCGCUGAGUCACCUAAAUCGACGGUCGGGACCCCAUUGUCGCACUCUGCCCGCCUGCCAGGACCCGCGCAGCAUGCAGCCCACCGGCCUCGAGUGUUCCCACGUGCUCGGCUGGCAGCAUCUGCUGCGCCUGCUGUUCUUGCUGUUUCUGCUGCCACAGCCAAUAACCCGCGCCCAGACCAAGCCGGUUGCAUUCAGCGCCCCAACAGCGCUGGGAACCAACAGCAACAUGACCACGUCUGGCGUCUCUAGUGUCCCAACCCCGCCAGGACCCCCUCGAGCCAGGAGACUGCAGGAGCGCUCACAGGCCUUGAUGCAGAACUUCCCACUAGUGGAUGGCCACAACCAUCUGCCCCAGAUCUUGAGAGAGCAUUUUCAGAACAGACUACAAAGUGUUAACCUGCGCAACUUCAGUCACAGCCAGACCAACCUGGACAAGCUUAGGGAUGGCCUCGUGGGAGCCCAGUUCUGGUCAGCCGACACCCCUUGCCAGACCCAGGACCAGGAUGCCGUGCGCCUCACGCUGGAGCAGAUCGAUCUCAUUCGUCGCAUGUGUGCUUCCUACACUGAACUGGAGCUUGUGACCUCAGCUGAAGGUCUGAACAGCACUCAGAAGCUGGCCUGCCUCAUUGGCGUGGAAGGUGGUCACUCACUGGACAGCAGUUUCUCUGUACUGCGGAGUUUUUAUCUGCUGGGAGUGCGCUACCUGACCCUCACCUUCACCUGCAGCACACCCUGGGCAGAGAGUUCUACCAAGUUUAAGCACCACUUCUACACCAACGUCAGUGGGUUGACAAGCUUUGGUGAGAAGGUGAUAGGGGAGAUGAACCGCCUGGGCAUGAUGGUGGACUUGUCCCAUGCGUCGGACACCUUGGCGCAACAAGUGCUGAAGGUGUCGAGGGCUCCUGUGAUCUUCUCCCAUUCAGCUGCCAGGGCUGUGUGUGACAAUUUGCUAAAUGUUCCCGAUGACAUCCUGCAUCUUCUGAAGGAGAAUGGUGGCAUUGUGAUGGUGACUCUGUCCAUGGGGAUUUUACAGUGUAAUCUGUUUGCUAAUGUGUCCACUGUGGCAGACCACUUCGACCACAUCAGGGCCGUCAUUGGAUCCAAGUUCAUUGGGAUUGGUGGAAGUUAUGAUGGGUCUGGCCGGUUCCCUCUGGAGCUAGAGGAUGUAUCCACAUACCCAAUUCUGAUAGAAGAGUUACUGAGUCGGGGCUGGAGUGAGGAAGAGCUUCAGGGUGUCCUUCGAGGAAACCUGCUGCGGGUCUUCAGACAAGUGGAGCAGGUGAGAGAUGAAAGCAGUGGUCAGAGCCCUGCAGAGGAUGAGUUUCCAGAUAGGCAGGAAGGCAGAUCCUGCCACUCCCAUCUCCUGUCUCAGUGUCAGCGUGAACACCCGGCCGCACACCUGGAGGUGACCAAGAGGCCAACCAGUCAUGUUCUCCAGAGACCCUCAAAAGCCUCCCCAUACCCUGUUCUAGCCUUCUUGGCUACUGCCACCUUCUCAGUCCUCAUCCUGUGGCUCUGGUGACCUGGUCACCUCAGAGGUCACCUUAGCAAAGUCGCACAAGGUCCCUCUCCUAGUUAACCGGGCACAAGCAUAUGCUAAGAAUAAAGAUUUGGGGCAUGAAACCAGGUGUGAGUGUCUUUUCUCUUUGAUGUGAGGGGGGUGAUGGGUGGGAUCCAGGAGGCUCUGGGGUGGCGAGGGGCCUUGUGGUCUAGCUCCAGCUGCUCAAGGUGAGUGGUUCCCACUGCCCCCCA